AAACCUUCCCUCACCAACCGCCUCAAAGCCAAAACUCCAACGACUUGGUGCAAUUUCCCAUACCGCCCGCGCUUGUAUCGGCUCCGUCACCAGCCCGUUCCUGCGGCGACAUGCUCACGGUCUAACCGCGCUUAUCUUCAUCAUCUAGCUUAGUGUCUAACCCGCAUUCUGGCCCGCCCCAAUGGCCUCACCACCGAGAAGCCGGUCAGGCUCCAACGCCUCGCCCUUCGCCGUCCCUCUCUCCUCAUCGCCUGGAAACCGAUUGUUCUCGUCAUCUCUGCCCCGUGAUGAGCUCACCGCCCGCCUCGCCGAGCCGCUUCCUUCUGAGGGCCUGGGCACUCCAGUUAUGCCGCGAAGUAGCUCACCGCGGCCCAACGACAACGAACCGCUAGCUGCUGGCCAAUCUUUCACACAAGGACCUGGCGUUUCUGCCCUGGCUGCUGCGCUAUCAGAUUCCUUUGGCCAGCCACCGCGUCACGGCACUCCUCCUGUCCGUGCUGCUACUCCUCCACAACGAUCUCUCUCCCCGGGCGUGUUCCCAGGCCGAUCAGCUACACCGACGCAAUAUGGCUCCUUCGAAUCGAGAGGCCGAUUUGGCGGUGGACCAGGCAGCACUGGGCCGUAUGAAGACCCAGAGAUUGUCAGACGACACCUGGUCCAGCCUGACGAAGUCGAGUCGGAAGAGUCGUCCAUGUACGGCACCAUCAAGGGCAAGCAGCCUGCUGAUGCUGCACCAACCGGUCUGAACGAAGAUGAAUUUUCCAGCUUGAAGCUCCAAGGCGGUGACAUCACACGCGGUAUCUACAAAUGGACCGAACAGGCAGAAGCUAAAGGCAAGCUCACCCGUAGCCAGAGUUUCCACCAAUCGCGACCUGAACCCGAAACCCAAGUUGAGGACAUCAACUCAAUCAAGGUUCCUGGUGGCUUCCGUCGUGACCAUCUGCGCCGCAACGCUAAGAGCCCACCCGGGAUUGACGAGGCUGAAAAUGGAAUGGCCUCACCAAACGGCAACUCAGAGAGACUCUUCACUUCCAGCUUCCUGGAGUUCCUUACCAUUUACGGCCACUUUGCUGGUGAAGAACUGGAGGAAGACGACGAAGCCCUUGGACCGGACGAGUACUUUGCCUCUGGUGGAGAAGCUGAUGACGAGGAGCCUACGGAAGAUAGCGCGCUCCUGGGUCCCUCCAAGAAGAAGCGAACCAGAAAGCCUCGUGGUGGUAGCGGACAGAACAGCGAAUUCAACGCCGUCUUGCUGCUCCUCAAGUCUUUUGUCGGUACUGGUGUGCUUUUCCUGCCCCGUGCCUAUCUUAACGGUGGUAUGCUCUUCAGUAACCUAGUGCUCCUGGGUGUUGCUAUCCUCAGUUACUACUGCUUCGUUCUCCUCGUCACCACUCGCCUAAAGAUUGAAGGAUCCUUCGGUGACAUGGGUGGCAUCCUUUACGGAAAAUGGAUGAGAAACGUCAUCCUGGCUUCCAUCGUUAUCAGCCAGAUUGGUUUUGUGGCUGCCUACAUCGUCUUCACCUCGGAAAAUCUGCAAGCCUUUAUCAAGGCUGUUACAGACUGCAAAACCACCAUGAGCAUCCCAUCACUUAUCUUUCUCCAGAUGCUCAUCUUCCUACCCUUCUCUCUCCUUCGCGAUAUUGGCAAGCUUGGAUUUACCGCUCUCAUUGCCGAUGCCUUUAUCCUUAUUGGCCUCGCCUACCUCUUCUACUACGACGUCUUUACUCUCUCUACGGAGGGCCUCGCUGACAUUGUCAUGUUCAACAAGCGAGACUGGACCCUGUUUAUCGGAACCGCCAUCUUUACCUUUGAAGGAGUUGGUCUCAUUAUCCCGAUUCAAGAGUCCAUGAAGCAGCCCGAAAAGUUUCCCCGAGCUCUCCUUCUCGUCAUGGUUAUCAUUACCGUCCUCUUUACCGUCAUGGGCGCCAUCUCCUAUGCCGCCUUUGGUUCCAAGACGGAGACCGUUGUCCUUUUGAACUUGCCCCAGGACAACAAGUUUGUCAACACCGUUCAGCUACUCUAUUCUUGCGCCAUCUUACUCUCCACCCCUCUGCAAAUCUUCCCUGCCAUCCGUAUUAUCGAGACGGGCUUCUUCAGACGCAGUGGCAAGUACAACCCCAUGAUCAAGUGGCAGAAGAACCUCUUCCGCUUCUUCAUGGUCAUGAUGUGUGCUGCUAUUGCUUGGGGUGGUGCCGAUAACCUCGACAAAUUCGUGGCCCUGGUUGGUAACUUUGCCUGCAUCCCCCUUGUGUAUAUUUACCCACCCAUGCUACACUACAAAGCGGUCGCCCGCACCAAGCUUUGGAAAUACGGCGAUAUUAUCCUCUGCAUUUUCGGGUUCGUCGCCAUGGCCUACACUACCAGUCAGACCAUCAUGAGCUGGGCUACUCCCACGCCCAAGAACCCAGGAUACUGCGAGCGAAGAGGCCUUUAGAAAGCACUGUACAUCGUAUUGAUGGGUUUUACACCUAGACACCGCAUAUUAGAACUAUUUCGUUGUCGGAACGCUCUGGCGUGCCGUUCUUUUGUCUGACCGAGAGCACAUAAUUUGAAAACGUUUUAUUGAUAGCAUUGUUGCAUAACGCUGGAGGAUUUCUUUACUGUUUUGGGGCAUCUUUUAUUACAUUGUAGACUUGAAUAUACAGUUUGGCAAUAAACAAUCCAUUGGAAAAU